AUGCUUCGGUUAUUCUAUUUCUCUGCUAUUAUUGCCUCAGUUAUUUUAAAUUUUGUAGGAAUCAUUAUGAAUCUGUUUAUUACAGUGGUCAAUUGCAAAACUUGGGUCAAAAGCCAUAGAAUCUCCUCUUCUGAUAGGAUUCUGUUCAGCCUGGGCAUCACCAGGUUUCUUAUGCUGGGACUAUUUCUGGUGAACACCAUCUACUUCGUCUCUUCAAAUACGGAAAGGUCAGUCUACCUGUCUGCUUUUUUUGUGUUGUGUUUCAUGUUUUUGGACUCGAGCAGUCUCUGGUUUGUGACCUUGCUCAAUAUCUUGUACUGUGUGAAGAUUACUAACUUCCAACACUCAGUGUUUCUCCUGCUGAAGCGGAAUAUCUCCCCAAAGAUCCCCAGGCUGCUGCUGGCCUGUGUGCUGAUUUCUGCUUUCACCACUUGCCUGUACAUCACGCUUAGCCAGGCAUCACCUUUUCCUGAACUUGUGACUACGAGAAAUAACACAUCAUUUAAUAUCAAUGAGGGCAUAUUGUCUUUAGUGGUUUCUUUGGUCUUGAGCUCAUCUCUCCAGUUCAUCAUUAAUGUGACUUCUGCUUCCUUGCUAAUACACUCCUUGAGGAGACAUAUACAGAAGAUGCAGAAAAAUGCCACUGGUUUCUGGAAUCCCCAGACGGAAGCUCAUGUAGGUGCUAUGAAGCUGAUGGUCUAUUUCCUCAUCCUCUACAUUCCAUAUUCAGUUGCUACCCUGGUCCAGUAUCUCCCCUUUUAUGCAGGGAUGGAUAUGGGGACCAAAUCCAUUUGUCUGAUUUUUGCCACCCUUUACUCUCCAGGACAUUCUGUUCUCAUUAUUAUCACACAUCCUAAACUGAAAACAACAGCAAAGAAGAUUCUUUGUUUCAAAAAAUAG